AUGGAUUUGCUGACGCAUAUCAUUGAUAACACCUUUUUUAUUGGAGACUUUAAUGCUGUUAAAGGUGCACAUGAGAGAAAGAGUAAUCGUAUUCCUUGUGCUUCUUCUUGUAGAGAUUUCUGUGAUUUCAUUGCGGCUUCUAUUUUCAUUGAAUCGGAAGUUACGGGUCUCUUUUUCACUUGGUGUGGUCGCAGGCUGCUCCCUUCCCAUGUUGAGUCGGUUUUAGACCGUUGUUUGUUCUCUAAGGGUUUCUCCUCGUUAUGGGAUUCGCUGAACACUCACGUUUUGCCUCGGAUCUCAUCUGAUCACUCGCCUAUUGUCCUUCAAUGUCAUGAGAGUAGAGGUCCACGUCGCAGUAGUUUUAAAUUUUUUGAUAUGUGGUUGCUUCAUCCUGAGUUCAAGCAAGUGGUGCAGGACUCUUGGAAUGCUCCGACGGACACUUCUUGUCCGCUUUAUACGGUCAUGAUGAAGCUUAAGAGACUCAAGUUGACUCUUAAAGGCUGGAAUAAGCAAGUAUUUGGUAAUGUGGAUGAGGGCAUUCGGAGUUUACAGUCUUCGCUGGAAGAGAUUCAGCUUGAGAUUGCGCAAGAUGGUUACACUGAUUCCCUCUUUGAUGCAGAGGUUGCUGUUCAAGCUCGGUUGAGGUCCAUUUUGAAUCAGAAGAACUCUCUGAUGCAACAAAAAAGUCGGCUGAAGAUCGAUGGUGUUGAUGUUUUCGACCAAGAUGCUAUUGCUGCUCACAUUGUGAGAUAUUUCUCCAGCCUCUUUUCGGAAACUGUGGCUCCUAAUGUGACUGUACAGGACAUUCUUCCUAUCUUGAACAAAAAGAUUUUGCAGCACCAGAAUGAUUUAUUGACGAGCAUUCCUACGGAAGAGGAGAUCAAAGCGGUUGUCUUUGACCUUGCUGGUGAUAGCGCUGCGGGGCCAGAUGGUUUCUCCGGGAGUUUUUUUCAACAUUGUUGGACGACGAUUCAGAAAGAUGUUCUAAAGGCGGUGCGCACGUUUUUUAUUAAAAAUUAUCUUCCUGCGAGAUUGAAUUCCAAUACUCUGAUUCUUAUCCCCAAGAAGGAGGUGGUGGAUUCGGUGACGGAUUUGAGGCCGAUUAUUCUUUCGAAUUUCUUCUUCAAGAUCCUCUCUAAAAUCUUGGCGUCUAGGCUUUCUUCGGUGGCUACGGAUUUUGUUACUCCCAAUCAAUUUGGUUUCAUUAGUGGUCGUCUGAUUCAUGACUGUAUUUUGCUGGGUUCUGAAGGUGUGAAUUGCAUGAAGCGAUCGUGUCAAGGAAAUAACAUGGCCUGUAAAGUUGAUAUCAAAAAAGCCUUCGACACGAUAAGUUGGAAGUUCAUCUGGUGCGCUAUGAAUGCUAUGGGAUUUGACCCCAUCUUUUUGAAUUGGCUUUCGACUAUUUUCUCUUCUGCGCGUCUUUCGAUUCUCUAUAAUGGUCAGCUUUGUGGUUACUUUCCGUGUUCGCGUGGUGUGAGGCAAGGAGAUCCUCUCUCGCCUAUUAUCUUCGGAAUUGCGGAAGACGUUCUUAGUCUUUUGAUUCUGAAAGCUGUGGAGGCGGGAAAGAUUGAUUCGAUGCGUAUGAAUCGUCGUCACUUAUUCCCCACUCAUCUGCUUUAUGCAGAUGAUAUUCUCAUCUUUUGUAAGGCUUCGAUGAAGAAUGCGCGUGCGAUCAGAGAUAUCUUUCAAUUUUAUGGAUCGCUUUCUGGUCAGAUUUGCAGCCGUGAGAAGUCGCAACUUUAUUUUGGUAUGGGAGUUUCCCUCAGUUAUCAGAGGCAGAUUUCUCGUGCUCUUGGUUUUUCUACGGGAGCGAUGCCUAUGGUUUAUCUUGGUGUUCCUUUGUUUAUUGGUAAACCUAGAAGGGUUCAUCUUGCGGCCAUUAAAGAUCGCAUUAUUAAUAAAUUCUCUCGCUGGAAUGGUCUUCACCUUUCGAUGGCCGGUCGGAUCUGCCUUGUGAAGUCUGUCAUCCAGAGUUCUCUCGUUCAUACUAUGAUGAUCUACAUCUGGCCUAAGUCUCUUAUUAAAGAGUUGGAUUCUGCUUGCAGGAAUUUCAUCUGGUCAGGUGACAUUAGAAAGAGACCUCCGCAUGCAGUUAGCUGGGAGAAAGUGUGUGCGCUCAAAGAGGAAGGCGGGUUGGGAAUACGUUCCUUCGCCAUGAUGAACGAGGCUUUUCUCAUGAAGUUGGCUUGGAAAAUUAUUAAGGGAAAAGGCUUUGGCUUCGAUUUAAUGAAAAAUAGAUAUUUGGAUACCUUUGGCAGGCCGCGUGCUUCGGCGCUUGCCUCUUCGAUCUGGGGUGGGGUUAAGUCUUUGGUCCCGGAUCUGAUUGAUGAGUCCUAUUGUUUGCUGGGGGCAGGUGAUUCCGUCUACUUUUGGAACGAUGAUUGGAUGGGGUACAAGAUUGCGGAUAAACUGAACAUUCCAAGCUUCAUUAAGUCAAGGCUCUCACAAACUGUGGCGGAUUAUUUCUAUGAUGGUAUGUGGCAUUUUGCUUCAGAAUUUGUGGAGGAGUUUCCUGGUAUUGUCUGUGAUAUUCUCCUCCUUCCGGUUGGUAAUGAGGAAGAUACGAUCGAGGUUAUGGAAGCCUUCGGUUCAUGGUGA